CGUCUUCUGACGCAGCUGCAGCGGCCGCCAUUAUCCCCGGAGCAGAAGGAGGAAGAGCAGGAACGCAUCUAGGAAUUCCGCUAAAAUCCUUCUGGAAAACCCGCUCUGCGCCAUGGAAGUUCCCGGAGCGGACAGCGACUGGAGGAGCCCGCAGUUUCGACAGAAAGUCGUAGCUCAGAUUGAAGAGGCCAUGAGGAAGGCGGGGACGGCGAACACCACGCACAAGUCGAGCACAGACAUGGAGAACCACGUUUACAUCAAAGCCAAAUCCAGAGAUGAGUAUUUAUCUCUGGUGGCCCGGCUGAUCAUCCACUUCAGAGACAUCCAUAAAAAGGCUAUGGGAGGUUCAGAUCCCAUGAAUGCCCUGACUAACCUGACAGGGGUUGGAGGGGGUCCGGGCGCCAUUGGCAUGGGGCCUCGCCCCGCCGGUGCUCCAGUGGGUGGCAUGGGGGCCAUGGGGCCGAUGCAGAUAGGCCAGCAUGCCAUGGCAGGGGUGGCUGGAAACCCACAAGCCAUCGGUCCGGGCCAGAUGCCCAUGCAGCAGAUGGUGCAAGCGCAGUCUCAGCAACCGAACGCCAUGCAGUUCCAGCAGUUCCAGCAGGUGCAGCAGCAGAACGCCAUGCAGCAGCAGCAGGUGCAGCAGCAGAAUGCCAUGCAGCAGCAGCAGCAGCAGUUCCAGGUGCAGCAGCAGCAGAUGAGGGCGCAGCAGAUGCAGCAGCUCCAGCAGCAGCAGGCGGUCCAGAACCAGCAGCAGCAGCAGAACCAGAUGCACCAGACAAGGCUGCAGCAGCAGCAGCUGCUGCAGCUCCAGCAGCAACAUGCUCAGGCUCAGGCCCAAGCUCAGGCCCAAGCUCAGGCCCAAGCUCAGGCCCAAGCUCAGGCCCAGGCCCAGUCCAUCCAGCAGAUGGUGCAGCAGCAGGUCCAGGCUCAGCCUCAGCCAGGCCAGAUGCCUCCUCACUCUCAGCAGCAGCAGCAGCCUGGCAUGGUGCCCCAGUCUCUGGCCGGACAAAUAACUUCUCAGCACGUUCCCAUCAACUCUCUGAACCAGCAGCAGCAGCAACAGAGGCUGCAGGCCUUCCAGGCCCGUGCAGCCCUGCAGCAGCAGGUCCAGCAGGCGCAGGCAGCGCAGCAAGCUCAGCAGGCCGCAGCUCAGGCACAGCUCAAUGCAGCCGCCGCCGCUGCAGCCGCCGUACCUGGGCAGCUGGCUCGUCCUGGGAUGUCGAUUCCAGCCCGGCUGCCUCGAGCACCUCCGAACACUUCCAUUCCUCCUCAAAACACCACUGCCGCUGCAGCUGGCGUGGUGGGAGGGCAGGCGAUGGCCCCACAGGUACAGCAGAUGAUGUCAUCACCCUCACCGGUGCAGGUCCCGACACCUCAGUCAAUGCCGCCUCCUCCGCAGCCCUCACCCCAACCCCCGACCUCACAGCCAAAUUCAGCCAGCUCUGGUCCCACUCCCUCUCCGGGAGGUUUCCAGCCCAGUCCGUCCCCACAGCCCUCACCGAGCCCCGCCACCUCCAGAACCCCCCAGAACUACGGAGUCCCCUCCCCCGGGCCACUAAAUACUCCAGGGAACCCGAGCUCAGUGGUGAGCCCGGCGGGAGCGACGUCUCUGGAGGACCAGCAGUACAUGGAGAAGCUCAAACAGCUCUCCAAGUACAUCGAGCCGCUGCGCCGCAUGAUCAACAAAAUCGACAAGAACGAAGACAGGAAGAAGGACCUGAGUAAGAUGAAGAGCCUGCUGAACAUCCUGACUGAUCCCAACACCAGGUGUCCUCUGAAGACGCUGCAGAAAUGUGAGAUCGCUUUGGAGAAACUGAAGAACGACAUGGCCGUGCCGACGCCCCCUCCCCCACCCGUGGCCACGAACAAACAGUACCUGUGCCAGCCGCUGCUGGACGCCGUCAUGGCCAACAUCCGCUCACCGGUCUUCAACCACUCUCUGUACCGAUCCUUCGCCCCCGCCAUGAGCGCGAUCCAUGGGCCGCCCAUCACGGGCCCGAACGUCUCCGGACGCAAGAGGAAGCACGAGGAUGACGAGCGUCAGACGAUCCCCAACAUCCUGCAGGGCGAGGUGGCUCGCCUCGACGUCAAGUUCCUCGUCAAUCUGGACCCUUCGUACUGCAGCAACAACGGCACCGUGCACCUCAUCUGCAAACUGGAUGAUAAAAACCUUCCCAGUGUUCCUCCGCUGCAGCUUAGCGUUCCUGCCGAUUAUCCCGACCAGAGUCCGUACUGGGCCGACGAUGGAGAGCAAUAUGGUGCAAACAGCUUCCUGCAGACGGUCCACAGAAACAUGACGUCCAAACUGCUGCAGCUGCCCGACAAACACUCGGUGACCGAGCUGCUCAACACCUGGGCUCGCAGCGUCCAGCAGGCCUGCCUGUCUGCGGCCUGAGGCUCCGCCCACCUGUGGACAUUACAGCCUGCUCCCCUUCCACACAUGUAGGACUCUACUCCUCGUGCAUGCUGGGUAAAAAAAAAAAAAAGUCACCUGUUUACCUGCAGAUGACCCGUCAUCAAUCAGCUGUUGAUGGUCUCAG